AUGCACUAUCUUUCCUGGAGCGUUCUCGCCUUGGCCGCAUCUGCGACGCCACUGGCUGCACACAAGCGCGAUAACACCGUCGCAGUUACUAGCCUGGAGAAGCAUGUGAAUGCAACUAGCGGUUCUGGCAAUGUCGCAGCUGCAGGGCGUUUAAGCCCCUUUGGCGACAUUGGAACAGGCUGUGGCAUCAAUUGGCAAGAAGACGUGUCGUACGGAGGAGGACUCCAGGCAGGCUCCAGUAAUUUCGGUCUUGGUAGCGGCUUUACCAUUACCCCGGACACUAUCACGAUUGGCGCAGGUAUCGGGCUGAAUACCGCGAAUGCGAGCGCCAGCGUUCAGUUUACUGGCUCCAGGAACGGAAGCGUCGAACUCACGUUCUCAAGCUCGGCGCCAAUUGCCUGCGUCCCGGGAAUGAGAGACGGAAAAUCCAUAGUUACAUGCAAGACAAUGUAG